CUCGGCCCUUACCAACUGAAAACGGGAGAAAACGCUAAGAAAUGACCACAAAAUCUCCAACUUUAAACUCCUGAGAUCGCAAUUUUGAGACCCUUAAAAGAGCUUCACAUCUCCCUCCAGUCCGCCACUAUAUAUGAUAAGAGUAACCUUUGUUUUUGGUCUCUGUAUCAGUUAAAAAUUCUUGAUAAUAUUUUCAGUGUUUCUAGCUUAAACGUAAGAGUUAGAGGAAGGAAUAAAUUUGUGCGAAAUACAAGGACUACACUCCCAGGAUUAAUUUGACCUCUUGGGUAUCCUGUGGGACAUAUGGAAUUUACUCCGCGUGACAGGCUUCACGGUUGGUCCAAUUUGCUUAAAUUACUUCCUAUAAAUUGAGCUUAAGAUGCUUUUUCCUCAUUCCUGGAGCCUUUCAGAGGUUGCGCAAUUUUCGACGCUUUUAAGAUCGUUCUUGAAGUCAGUGUACGUGUGAAGAAAUGAUGCUUCAACAGUGAGGAUGUUUGGUGAGGCUGACAUAACACAUCUAUUGAGAGGCCGAACAACUGCUGACCAGUAACUAAUUUUCUGUCAAACUCGAAGAAGUGAGUAAAAGCGUCAGUGAAAAGCUGUAGGAAGACUGAGGGAAUAUAUUCUUUGAUUUCUUGCUACAUUGAGGAUUUCAGGACCACUAGAAUUAGCAAUGCAGAAUCCAAACGAAGAUACGCAAUGGAACGAUGCCCUACGAAGACACGGCAUAUUGCCAGAGAAUACGAAAGAAGGCGAAGUUACUGAAGAUCAACUUAUAAAUCUGCUGGAAGAGACAGUCCAGAGAAAGACAGGAGAUGUGGUGAAAGCUUACGAAGAUAUGACGUUAGACGAGCUAGAAGAACUAGAAGAUGAAGAAGACGAACGUGUUCUUUUACAAUUUAGGCAACAAAGGAUGGCAGAGAUGCAGAAAUUACAACAAGCAUCUAAAUUUGGUGACGUCAGGGAGAUUUCUGCUCAGGACUAUGUGGAGGAGGUCAACAAAGCUGGAAAAGGAGUCUGGGUUGUUUUACAUCUCUACAAAUCUGGUAUACCCUUGUGUACAUUAAUAAACCAAUACUUGGCUCGUCUAGCAACGGAAUUUCCAUCUACAAAAUUCCUAAAGAGUGUGUCAACCACAUGUAUACCAAACUAUCCAGACAGACAUCUACCAACGAUAUUUAUCUACCAUGAAGAAGACAUGAAGAAGCAAUUUGUUGGACCCCUUGUGUUUGGAGGAAUGAACCUUAAGAUUGAAGAAUUAGAAUGGAUGUUGGCAGAAGCUGGUGCAGUGAAAACAGAACUAACAGAAGAUCCACGAAAAAAAAAUAAAAUUCAUGAUGUUAUGGAAAGUUCAUUGCGACAGACAUACACCAGAGACUCUGAUAGUGACGAAGAUGAUUAGCAAUAUAGAGACACUGGAUUUUUCAAAUGUGUAGUUCCAGAAAAUGUCCAUACCUUCCCCACAGAAGGGAUUUUUUCUAAGACCCCCCACCCCUC